AUGGGUGAAGAGAUCAAGAAAUUAAUUAGAGUCGGUGCAAACGCCAGACGCACAAAGGGCGACCUGCCAUUUCACGUCACGUCACAGCAAGACUACAGUUCUCGACCUGGCGUGCUGGAGGUCCCUUCAUUCUCCGAGUCCGAUGCACUUGGAGAUCAAUCGAGAUCUUCUGGCCAGCAGGUAUUGAAAUCCAGUUCGUCGAUAUUCCCGAAUGCGGGCUUCUCAAGAACAUCGCCUGGAUCUGAUGAGCAGGUUGAAAAUAUCCAUCCAGAGGAACGGUUAGCGGCGCUGGGUCCGGCUUGGGAGCAGGACUUCACCAUGAUAUUUAUCGAUUUCGUCUUCCCGCUGCUGUUCCCAUUCUAUCGACCACCCGCUGUGGCAACUAGCAGGGCCUGGCUGUUGUCCUUCGUCAAACAAAACAGGGCCACAACUCAUGCUGUACUGAGCUUGAGCUCAUUCUUUUUCACUUUUGGGUUGGCAGAUGUUUUCCCCGGGAAACAUGACGCAUGUAGAUAUACCAUGUGGGGGCAGGUAGUUGACCAGGCUCGUAUGGCGUUCGGAAUGUUAAAGGUGGACUUGGCCUCGAUGACGGAGGGUGGUCGCCAGCCAACGCUACUGGAGAGGAUACGGAUGAUGGGCACUAUCGUCCAUCUCAUGAUCUUCGACCUCUUCGUGGGACGGACAGCGGAUUGGGAGGCUCACCUUACCCCUGCACUGCUAAUAUUCCAGGAUAUUGCCAGCGAUGUGGGACUGGGAUUAAAUAAGGAGGUCGGAAUAUCCGCCAUUCUGGAUGCCAUGAACUGGCCCCGGCCAUAUUUCCCUGGCUUCCAGCUUCAGCUCUGGAACCCGGACCAGGCAAACUUUCGAUUCUUUUCGGCGCUGCUUAUCGUGAUCGAUAUCUUAGCCAGUACGUCACUCCGAAGAGAGCCGCACCUAAGCCAUCUUCACGACAGACUAUUAGGAACUGUACCUCCUGAAGAGAUAAACCAGCCCUUGGAUCUCUUCUCUUUUGUUGGCUGCCAAAAUUGGGUUCUCCUUGCCAUUGGAGAAAUCUCCGCUCUGGAUGCGAGAAAGAGGGCCGAGGUAAUGAACCACGACUUCGAUCAAAAGGAAUUUGACUUGAGAGCAAGUAGAAUCUUCAAGAAACUAGAAUCUGGUCUUGUGUCUAUCAGUGACGGCCUACAAUCGAUCCCUAUUUGCGGCUCCUCCUUGUGGUAUCAGCCUGGAAAUAGCCAUAGUGAGGGAAUUCGUUCUCUUGUGCCAACAAGAAUAUACGCACAUGCUGCGCAUAUCUACCUUCAAAUAGUUACUCAAGGCCCCAGUUUGGAGACCAGUUCAAUAAGCUGGCACACGAACUCAAUCGCACAGUUGUUACGAGAGUUGCAUGACCCGAGUAAAAUACGCGUACUUGCUUGGCCAAUCUGCAUCGCGGGCUGCUUCUCUUGGGUUGAAGAAGAACAAAAAUACUUCCAAAACAGUCUUGCCUCUGUGGGGGACAUUCAAUCACGGAGCGCAGCCCUGGAGGCGAGCAAUAUCAUGAAGAAAGUAUGGAGUUGCCGGGAUAGCGUGGAAUCAUAUAGGUGGGACGCCGCCGCAUGUCUUGGGGCUAUGGGUUAUCCAGCGCUUCUCUUUUAA